UAUAUAUAGAGAGAAGAGAUAUCUCCUCUCUAAAACCGCCUCCUAACAUAACACAAUACAAAACACACAUUCUCCUUUUUCUUAAUUAGAAUUUCCCCCCAAACACAAAAAACACACACAUUUUGGUGGUUUUGAAAUAAAACAAACAAAUGGUAAUGGCUGCUCAGGUCCUAAUCUCUGUCUAUUGUUUGGUUUUACUCAUCUCUGUUUCUUCUUCUUCUUCUUCCACAAACAACCCCCCUGCCACCAGCACAAAUGAGAUGAAAGUGUUGCAGAGCUCCAAUUACUCAUCAAUGGCUGCCAGAAUUAAGGAGAUUGAAAAGUUGAAUGAAUAUGCAGUGCAAGACCCCGAGGAAGUUGUUGCCAUGGUUGAAAUGAGUAUGAGAAACAGCACACAGAGGAGAAAACUCGGAUAUUUUUCAUGUGGUACUGGUAAUCCAAUUGAUGACUGUUGGCGCUGUGACCCAAACUGGAGACGCAAUCGCAAGAAGUUGGCUGACUGUGGCAUUGGCUUCGGUCGGAAUGCAAUUGGAGGCCGUGAUGGAAGGUAUUACGUUGUCACUGACCCCAGAGAUGAUGACCCUGUUAACCCGCGGCCUGGCACCCUACGCCAUGCUGUUAUUCAAGAAGCGCCAUUGUGGAUUGUCUUUAAACGUGACAUGGUCAUUCAACUGAAGCAAGAACUUAUCAUGAAUAGUUUCAAGACCAUUGAUGCUCGUGGGGUCAACGUACAUAUUGCUAAUGGAGCUUGCCUUACAAUCCAGUUUGUUACCAAUAUUAUUAUCCAUGGUUUACACAUCCAUGACUGUAAACCUACUGGGAAUGCCUUGGUGAGAAGCUCUCCUUCCCAUUAUGGUUGGAGAACAAUGGCUGAUGGGGAUGCUAUUUCUAUUUUCGGGUCAAGCCAUAUAUGGGUUGAUCAUAACUCUCUAUCUAAUUGUGCUGAUGGACUUGUGGAUGCUGUCAUGGGUUCAACUGCUAUCACUAUUUCUAACAAUUACUUCACCCAUCACAACGAGGUGAUAUUGCUGGGACAUAGUGACACUUAUUUUAGAGACAAGCUGAUGCAGGUGACUAUUGCCUACAAUCACUUUGGAGAAGGUCUUAUCCAAAGAAUGCCAAGAUGCAGACAUGGGUAUUUCCAUGUGGUGAACAAUGACUACACCCAUUGGGAGAUGUAUGCCAUUGGUGGAAGUGCAAACCCAACCAUCAACAGCCAAGGCAACAGAUAUCUUGCCCCUGUGAAUCCUUUUGCAAAAGAGGUUACCAAAAGAGUGGACACAGAUGGAAGCCAGUGGCAUGGAUGGAACUGGAGAUCAGAGGGUGACCUACUUCUUAAUGGGGCUUAUUUCAUCCCAUCUGGAGCAGGAGCCGCUGCCAGCUAUGCACGGGCCUCAAGUUUGGGUGCCAAGUCCUCUACACUGGUUGGUACCAUCACUGCUGGUGCUGGAGUUCUUAACUGCCGCAAAGGUGGUCGGUGCUAGCAAUCUCAGUCCUCACUCUAUUUGGUAAAGCGUCAUUUUCGUUCAACAAUUUCCAUUUUCGCAUAUAAAAUAUAGUAAUACGUAUAGAUUUCAAAUCCACAUAUGCCAUUACAUCACCUCACCUGGCAAGUGAACUUUUUACACAUUGCUUUUGGUCAGUUAUACUUAUCCCAUUAAUAUCUCCCUAUGUUUGUUGUGCAACCUCAACCAUGCUUCUGUUGAAAGAAAACAAAAACGAUACCUUGUUGAUUUCAAGGAGUAAGGUGUGAAGUGUUGUCCAUCCCUUUUCUAUCUUUUUCUCGACCUCAGGAUCUAACGAUCAAUCCUGAUUGUUCUUCUUUAAGUGUUAUUUGGCUUAUGGGAUCGGAAUGUUUUUUCUUUCCGUCUUCUUCAGUCUCGUGCAAUUUUAGUUUCUCGAGUCAUAUAAGUUGUAAUGUGAAUUUCAAAAGUGUAACUUGAACCAUCAACUUGAAUGGAAAGCUAUUAUUUGUUUAUGGAUGA